AAGUCACUGUCAAAGAAAACGACCACAAGCAGGAGAUUGAGAAGUUGACGGCUUUGUCUUGCUUUAUAGUCGUCAAGUUUGUUCAUUGCUAUCAAUUAAUACGAAUAACUGGAUAUUUAAUAUUGAUAAUAUAUUUUGGAUAUCUUGAGUAUUUUCUUGCUCAAAUAAUUGUUCAUCAUCAUUUUACUCGCUGGUGCUUCGUUGAUGCAAAAAUGUUUUGAAAAGAAAAUAAAUUUCAGCGAAAGAUUAAUUGGAGUAAAAUUAAUCUAUUGGUUCCAAUUAUCAUGAAUCUCUUGUGCUGGUUCCGGAUGCUGGAAACGCAGAAAUACGUCCGCCGAGAAAUUGAAAGAAUUGUCUGCUGCUCUGGAUAUUUCUCGGUGUGGAGCUUCGGAUAUCUUAUCGCCGAUUAAAAUAAUUCAUCAUUAGCUCGUGAUACUACUAAGUAUACAUAUAUCAAUUCAUAUUGUAACUCAUACUCAAUUUUUUUUUUUUACUAUUGUAUAUAAUCAUUUAUUUUCUAUGCCCCUAGAACAGUAACUGAUUAAUAUAUGAUGUAUAAAUCUUACUUUAUUUAUAUUUAUCAAAUUAAUUUUGAUAAGUAUCCAUUAUCCAUAUAGACAAUAGUGUAAUAAAUUUAAUUUUAGCCGUUAAAUUUUAAAGUAAGUAAAUAAAGAUUUUGUUUUUAGAGAUUAUUUAUUGACUUGUGAAAUAAAUUCUCACUGACAUAUAUUUGAAUAGAAAACAAUGAUUAAAGAUUUUACACUCUCAUUGAUAACGAAAUCUAUAUGUGUCUCCAACGUUUAUAUAAAACAAGUAUAUCAAAGUUUUUUUUUUAGUUCAUUUUUCUAUGCGGAAUAAACUGCUCGGAAUAAUAUAUAUUCAGUUUGAUUAAAUACAUACUAAGAAUAAGUUGCUCGAGAAUUCUCGAAACUCACUUUAUUUUAAAAGUAAAUGUGAAUAUUUCAAAAUGGUUGUACGUGACGUAAUUUUUUUAAUACUGUGGUGUUUCUCAGUGGGAAUUAUAAUCGGAAAUACAGUAGAUUUUUCUAAAAUGGGUAUAACACAUCUCAGAAGACCUUUUCUAAUCAGCAAAAGCAUAACACAUCUAAAUUUAUCGGACAACCAUAUUUGGAAAAUUGAAAAUAAUGUUUUUGAUGACCUGCCAAAUUUGGUAUACUUAAAUUUAACAAACAAUCUGAUCGAUUUCUACGAGUUAAGGUUUGGUAAUAAUGCAACUAUUGAAACACUAGUACUAGAUAGAGCAUUGAUUGAUCAUGCCGCUGAUUACCAUUACGAAAAGCUUGGGCUAUUUGGAAACGAGUGCAGUAGACUCUCUGAGUAUGAAAAAAUGCGUGAUUAUAAAUCUGAUAUUAUGUUUACACAAUCUCUAUUUUUACCGAAGUUGAAACAUCUUUAUUUACGCCGAAAUAAUAUAUCAUCGAUAGUUGUGUACCAAAAUCAGCCAUUAGAUGAAAUCAUACCCGAAAUCACUCAUAUUUAUCUUACAGACAAUGCAGUAAUGUCUAUUGACUUUAUAAAAAAUAUUCCCAUGACUUUAACGCAUUUGUACUUGGACUAUAAUGACUUGAGCGAAUUUGACGUUGAUAAUUUGAAUAAUGUGGAAGUUCUAGCCCUCGAUGGAAAUCCGAUCGAACAGUUUUGUGGGAUCGAAAAUUCCUGCGAGGGCCUUAAUAUUAAAAAUGCUUUCAAUUUGAAAAUUUUGACAAUCUCACUUAUGAAUCUCGAAAGAAUAGAAGCAGAUGCGUUCAAAUUUUUGGGUCAUCUCGUCGAGUUAGAUAUGUCUUAUAAUAAAAUUCGCCAUUUUCCUGAACACGCUCUAGAAACAUUAUCAGACUUGAAGACAUUCAGACUAGAUAAUAAUGAACUUAGCGAACUACCUGAUAUCUGCAGCUUAAAAAAUUUGGAAGAUUUUUCAGUAUCGUACAAUCCUAUCAUCUAUAUAAAAGAACAUAAAUUUUGUAAUCUAUCAAAGCUUAAAAGAUUAAAUUUCAGUGGUAACAGAUUACAUGAAAUUCCUGUUGGAAUAUUUGACAAUAUGACUUCAUUAGAAGAACUAGAUCUUUCUAAAAACCAAAUCUUCACUUUGCCGGACAAUUGGAUUUCGUCUAAAAUAAAUUUGCAAUAUUUGUACCUCAAUAAUAAUUUGUUUCCAAAUUUUUCAAGUUUAUCACUGGGCUCCGUAAAAAAUCUUAAGUUCGUAGCCAUCGGAGGCAAUUAUUUCAACUCAAUAAAUAUGGAAUCUUUAAUGCAUCUACCGAAGAAUGCAACAGUCAAUUUUGAAAAUAAAUCCUUUAGCCAUUAAUUUUUUAACUUCUGGCAGCCAUAUAUCAUCAUUAUAUUAAAAUAAUUCAGAAUUCAUAAUAAGAGCUCGUGAUAUCUUCAAGCAAAACCAGCUUGAGAUCGUUCAUACAUUCAAUUGACAAAAAUAUUCCUCGCGUGCCAGUUACUCGCGUAACUUAUUUUUAAAAUA